AGUCCGUUGAAUCCGUAAAAAGCAUCCGGUGUGUGUAGCAUUGCUCAUCCAAGCCCAACCAUCUCAUCUUAGACGGGACAGUGGGGUCCACACGGGGACAACGGGCAUAUAUAGUACAGUGAGAGCAGGAGACUACUACACGUCUACACCAGAGACCAGACCAGCGAAGAAACGGAGAGGCCCGUCCGUCAUGGACGGUCCUCGCCGGCUCCUCGCGCUCGCGGUCCUCCUCCUCGCCUCCGCGUACGGAGCGGACGCCGCCGGCCUCCUCCGCGCGCCGCCGACCGGGUACAAGUACAACGCGACCUUUACCUUCACCGGGGAAUUCCUCGUCCUGCUUUCCUGCAUGGGCCCGGCCAACGGCACGGCGGCGUACGGGCACGGCGGGAUCAUCCACAGCUGCACGCUCGACCAGCUCAAGGAAGGCAGCUCCGCGCCGGAGACGACGCCCUUCAAGUUCAAUCACGGGCACGGCUACCCGGCCCCGUCGCCGCGCGCAGCACCGCCGGAGGACGGCCUCCUGCAAGCUGCAGCAGGGGGAGAGCAGGAGCAGCACGUGGGCGCAGCUCCAGCGGUGGCUCUUCCUCUUGGUCGACGUCGACGACGUCGCCUUCGACACUGCCUACAGCGGUGGCCCUUCGCCAACGGGCACGGCCACCCGCCGCGCAACUUGAACGCGGUCAAUCACGGGCACGGCCACCCGCCCCCCUCGCCGCCAGGGCACGCAGACCCUCCGGCGGACGGCCUCCUGCAAGCUGCAGCAGGGGGAGCUGGGCCGCCGCGUGAACACGCCGUGGUGCAGCCGCAACCGCAACGGCGGCUACCACCACAUCCACAUGGAGGCAGAGGUGGAGAGGAGAAGCAGCACGCGGGCGCAGCUCCCGCCGUGGCUCCUCGUCGACGUCGCCUCCGACACUGCCUACAGCGGUGGUCCUGCGCCGACGGCAGGACCACGCCGGCGCGCAGCUUGGACGCGGUCAGCGACGGAGGAAAGAAGAAGGGAGAAGAAGAUGAAAACUGAACCGAGCUCUAGAAGCUCCUAAUUGCUAGCUGCGUCUCCACUCUCCUAUAAUCUGCACACUCGAUGUUAUUACUAAAAAUUAACGUUUGCAUUUGCAUUUGGCAAUUGGCAAGCAUAUCUCUCUACUACUAUCUUGCGGGUGAUGUGCUGUCGGCGUACACACCGCACGUUCACGGUACGCGCCGAGAACUUGGCAGGUCACGGUCACGAGAAACAAUUUUGCUACCUGCUACUUGUACGUGCACAAGCCAGUCUGCCCGGAAGAGAUUGAUACAUGUGCAUGCAUUGACUCGUCGACUGGACGGCAGCUGCUAAGUACUGUACUUACGU